AUGUCUUUUGGUACAAACACAAAAACGGGAUUUUCAGUUCGGGACCUCCUGGACCUGCCUGACCCGGCGAGCCGCUGCGGUGCCGGGUCAGGGACCGAGGAGACGGAGGAGGAGGACACCGAGGCUCCAGGCGCGGAGACACCGCAGCAGACACUGGGAUUUACCGGCGGCCUCAGCAGGUGGAGCCGCGGGAACAUCAACUUCUCCUUACACGGUCUCCCCUUAAAGUCCCGCUCCGAGCCUAAAUCCCUCGCGGACGCAGAGCGGGACUGCGCAGGCGCACAGACGCAGAAGAGCCGCGGCCGGAAGCGGCGCGUUCUGUUCUCCAAAGCGCAGACCUUCGAGCUGGAACGUCGCUUCCGGCAGCAGCGCUACCUGUCCGCGCCGGAGCGGGAGCACCUGGCGGGUCUGAUCCGCCUCACCCCGAACCAGGUAAAGAUCUGGUUCCAGAACCACCGCUACAAGAUGAAGCGCGCGCGGACAGAGCGCAGCCUGGAGGCGCUGCAGCUGCUGCCGCCGCCGCCGCGCCGCGUCGCCAUCCCGCUGCUGAUGCGGGACAUGAAGACCUGCGAGCGGAUUACAGCGCAGGACCUGGAGGCGGCGGCGCAGCAGCUGAGGAGCGGCCUGAGCUUGAACCUGUGCGCCUACGCGCCGCUGCUACACGCCGCCUACGGUCCCGAGCAGUCGGGCCUGCAGCAGCCGCAGCAGCCGGGGCUGCAGCCGCAGCUGCAGGCGCACAUGUGGAGCUGGAGCUGGUGAAGCCGAAGCAGAGGACUUUAACCGAGACACUGAAAAACCAUCACGACACACGCGCAACAACGAGGGAUCCAGCGAUUCUGCUCAAAAACAGCGAAAAAUCCGGAUUUUUUAAACGGAGUUUGGUUUUAAUCCGAAGAAUUCGUCCAAUAUAAACAAAAACUUUUACUAUCAUUCUUCAACUAAAAUACUUUCAACUGAUUUACGUUCAAAUUAAAUUAAAUCAAAUUUUGUGAGUCAUAAAAGUGAGACAUUUAAAAAUGAUGAGAGCACUCACACAAUCGUGAAUGAUUCAACGGUUCGGAUUUUUUUGAACGGAGUUUGGUUUCAAUUUGAAAAAGUGGUCUAAAUUGAAGAAAAGAGAGUCAAACGUUUUACCAUAAUUCAACUAAAAUGUUUAAAUGACUGAAUCUAUUAAAAUAUUAGAUUCAUUCAAAUGUGUGAGUCGUAAAAAAACCCACCAAUAUAUGGCUGCUGUAGGGCGACAGCUAACACUCACACAACCAUGAGUGAGAAACUGAGUCUGGGUUUAAUUAGAAAAACUGGUCCAAAAUAAGGAAACAACAACAACAAUAAUCAUCAUCAUAAUAAUAAUAAUAAUAACAAUAAUAAUACAAAAAUA